AUGACAGGUAUCCGUGGCCUUAUGUUAGCUGUGAUGCUGAGUGCACUCAUGAGCUCCUUGACGUCGAUCUUCAACAGCGGCUCGACGAUCUUCACCAUGGAUAUCUGGAGGUUUCUCCGGAGGUUUCCUUCUGACCAGGAGAUGACUAAAUUGAGCCGAAAACAGAACAAGAAAUAUGAGCUUGAGCUCAUGAUAGUUGGACGGGUGUUUGUCAUUAUUCUGGUUGGUAUUAGUGUGCUCUGGGUUCCUAUUGUGAUGAGCGGAGAAGGGGGACAGCUCUUUCAUUACAUCCAGCAAAUCACUGCUUAUCUUGCUCCAUCAAUUGCUGGUCUUUUCACUGUUGCGUUGCUAUGGGAACGGAUCAACGAAACCGGCGCCUUCUGGGGGUUAACCGGUGCCUUCAUCAUUGGUAUGAUACGCAUGGUGCUGGACUUUGUGUACCCUUCCCCGGGAUGCGGGGAAGAAGACCUUCGACCGUACGGCGCCAAACAUCUCCUCAUCCACUAUAUGUACUUUGCUCUUUUUCUCUACCUCUGGACGAUGUUGAGUGUCAUCAUUAUUAGCCUCUUCACAAAGCCUAUUCCAAAACAAUAUCUGUAUCGUUUGACAUUCUGGACGAGGUUCAGCAAAGCAGAGAGAUGGGACAUCAUGGCUUACCAGGCUGGGAAGGAAGUAAGAGAGGAAGGAGAGGAGAAGAAAGAGGGCGCUCUUUACCCCAACGAAAAGAAGUAUGAGCCCUUAAAUAUUCUUGAUGAUGCUGGACCAGAAAAUGGUGCUGAAGAUGAUACCAACUCACAAGGUCCGAACGACGAGGAAUCAUGGUGGCAUCGAUCGUUCAAUUGGUUCUGUGGUUUCUCAAAUCAAGAGAACAUCAGCGACUCACAGCUGAAAGCCAGGGAGACCACCCAGAUGGCUAAGGUUAUCCAACGCAAGAGAGAUAAAAUCAUUCUCAAUGUCCUCUGUGUCUUUGUUAUUCUAAUAGGCGUGGUUCUCUAUGGCAUUUAUGCAUAA